AUGGAUAACUUGACUAGCUUAACGAGUUUGCAAUUGGAUUUUAAUAACUUCACUGGUCAAUUGCCGCAGCAAAUAUGUGGUGGUGGAUUACUUGGUGAGGUUUCAUCAAAGUGGGGGAAGUGCCAGAAUUUAACAAGUCUCAACAUCUCCAACAACAAUCUUUCAGGCUCCAUACCACCUGCACUUGGUAAGGCAACUCAGCUACAGGUUCUUGACCUGUCCUUAAAUCAUCUAGCAGGAAGUAUUCCAGAUGAACUUGGAAGUUUGAAGCUAUUAUUCAAACUUAUGCUAAGUGGCAAUAAACUAUCUGGAGAGAUUCCUCAUGGAAUCGGAAUGCUAGCUGAUCUAUGGAAUCUAGAUCUAGCAGAAAACAAUCUAAGUGUCUUAAUCCCAAAAGAACUUGGAGGGUGCUUCAGGCUGUUACAGUUGAAUUUGGAAAACAAUAAAUUUGAAGGCAGUGUUCCUUGGGAAAUAGCUAAUAUGAACUCUCUUCAAAAUCUUGACCUCAGUUCAACUUUGUUGGCGGGGAAGAUACCACCACAGCUUGCAGAAAUUUCCAUUCCUUCUGGUUUUGGUGAAAUGAAGAGCCUGACAAUGGUUGAUAUGUCCUUCAACCAAUUGGAAGGUCCCAUUUCUAAUUCCAAAGCCUUCCGCAACGCUCCAUAUGAAGCAUUCAGAAACAACAAAGGCUUAUGUGGUAAUGUCACUAGUUUGCAGCUUUACCCAACAAGGACUCAGGAUCCUCAUGGAAAAGAGAGCAAAAAUGUGAGAAUAUUAAUCAUACUGAUCCCUAUUUUCUGCAGCCUAUUUCUUCUAUCCAUUUUUGUAAUUCUAUACAUUCAUCAUAGAAGAAGAAGAAGAGGGACAAAAACAAACACUCCAGAUGACAUUGAAACUCAAAAUCAAGAUUUGUUUGCAAUAUGGAGCUACAAUGGGAAGAUAGUGUAUGAAAACAUAAUUGAAGCAACAGAGGAAUUCAACUCCAAAUAUUGCAUCGGAGAGGGAGGAACAGGGAGUGUUUACAAAGCAGAGUUAAGCACUGGUCAAGUUGUUGCUGUGAAGAAGCUUCAUGCUAACGCAGAUGGUGAUGAUCACGAGAUGUCUUAA